AUGGCAAAAUUAUUAUACAAAGUAGACCCAGAACAUUGGGAUGUGGCAAGGUUUAAAUCAUCCGCUGCGUACAAAACAGUUCAAGAAUAUCUCAUGAAAAUAGACCAAAUGAUACAGAAUAACGCAAUACCCGGGGACAUAGACAGAUACUAUGACAUAUCAGAAACCAGAAAUAUAGAAGAAAUAGAAGAAAUGAUCGAAAAAAGAAAGGAAGAAGGCGUGGCAUACUCAAAGGAAGACAUUUUAACACCCGGUAAUUUGUUUUUAAUAAAAAUAGAAGAGAUAAUACAGGAAGUACCAAUAGAAGAAGGGAAUCAGCGAUAUGGAAAUAAGGGAUUUAUUAAUUUUGCAGAAAGAAUUCUUAUAGAGGGGGAAAGACUCUUAAAAGAGUCCUUUCCCUCACUAGAAACAAAAGAUGUGCGAAUACUUCAAGAAUACUUGCAGGAGUCCUUUGGGAAUAAAUCACGGAUUGAUUAUGGCACAGGCCAUGAGCUAAACUUCUUUUGCUUUGUGAUUAUUCUGUUAAAACUAGGAAUUAUCCAAGAAAAGUCUGUUCUUCUAGUGCUUGAGCAGUAUUUUAGUAUAAUUAGACUGUUAAUUUUAAAGUAUAAGUUAGAGCCAGCAGGGAGUCAUGGAAUGGGUGGAUUAGAUGACUACCAACUCCUCCCUUUCUUAUUCGGAUCAUCACAGUUCUGCCGAAGGGACGGAUUCGCUUUUGCCUUUUUAUUCUCUGAGAAAGAAAAAGGACUUUCUUAUGCAAAAGCCCUUAGAUUUAUUCAUAUUGACAAGACAUUCCCCCCGAGCAAGUAUACGUAUAAAGAAAGAAUAGAAAAGUACAAUGCAAUAGAACUAACAGAAGAACCAUUCUCACACCAUUCUAUAACCAUAUACUCGCUGCGCUCUGUACCUCUUGUGAAAAUAAAUAAAGGUAUGCUGAAGAUGUACGAUGGAGUUGUUCUUACUCCAUAUGCUGUUGUCCAGCACUUUAUAUCAAGUGAGUAUCUUCCUAUAUAAUAAAUA